GGACCCUUGAGCCCGUAACUUUUUGGAUAUUCUACACGAAUUGGAGCCAAGUUGUCUGUCUACUUGAGUCAGGUCGCCUCUAAGACAAGAGCUUUUGUUUUUGGAUUAUAACCAUGUCAACUCGUGACUUUGAGAAAAAGGGGAAUCCUUUUUUUACCAAAACCGCUUUGCCUACGUAUGAGUUAACGGUUUUGGGAUACGUUGAAUCAGUGUUUCGAACCAAAAAUGGCACCCCAAGACAAUCCAGUGUUGUCCCUAACUCAAAGGCUAGAGUUCAUAUUUUGCUUCAUGGCAAUAAAGGGCAUAUACUAGAAGGAUUAGAAGAGUUUUCACAUGUAUGGCUAAUUUUCUUGUUUAACUGCAACAAGCAGAAAAAUGUCAACUACAAAAUAAGGCCGCCUCGCCUAAAGGAAACCCUUGGUGUGUUUAGUACAAGGUCCCCCCACCGCCCUAAUCCCCUCGGCUUAAGUCUUGCUAAGUUGGAUAAACUUGAUCACAAUAAUGGCACGCUACACUUGUCCCGAAUCGACUUGGUGCACGGGACGCCAAUUCUGGAUAUAAAGCCUUAUAUAGAAGAUUUUGAUCGCGCUGAAGGAUCACUUGUUCCCCAGUGGCUUACGUCAAGCCUUCAACAAAGUAAGUUUCAGGUUCUGAUAAGUGAAAAGGCCCGAAGACAAGUGCAAUACAAAAUCAAAGCUAGACAAUUAGAUUUCUAUAAAUCAGAAGAAGAAGUGCUCUUAGUUAUUACCCAAAUUUUGGAAAACGAUCCACGGAGUCGUUAUAGGCGAAAACAGCAUGAAAACCAAAAAAAUUUAGAUUAUCAAUUUCCCCUCGACAACUGUGUAGUCUGCUGCAAGUACGAUCCCUAUGAUGCUAAAGUUCAUGUGUAUGCUGUGGAGAACUGGUUUCCCGGCUGGAACCACACUUUAACAAAGUUCGAAAAUGAAAGCUUCGAAUAAUAAAUUUAUUGUAAGUAUUGCAAACUUACCAUUUUUACAUACUGUCGACGGUUUUCAAACCAAGUAAAUAGAAACACUGACG